GGCACGCCCCCCAUCCCCGACUGGCCCCGGGGGUACUCACACGUCCUUGGCGGGCAGCGCCCGGCCCUCCACGACGCGGACGUUCAGGGAGCUGCUCUUGGCCAUGGCGCCCAGCCCCAAACUUUCCGGCCAGGAGGGCGUCCAGGUUCCGAGGCUGUACCGCGGCGGGGAGGGCGUCUACAUGUCGCCAACAGCGAGCCUGGCACCCUGUCCUGGGAUCCCAGCGCCGCCUGUCCGACACGCGGGUAGCUGAGCGAGAGGUUUCCGAAGGAGGAGAAAGGAUAGGUGUCCGGGAAGGCGGCGCCCCCGCCAGACUCUACAGGUGUUCCAGACUAUGAAGGCAUCCCUGAAACAGCGGUGGGAACAAUUGGAACAGAAAGAGCAGGAGUUAAAGGGGUCCUUUGUCCGCUUUGAAAAGUUUUUGCAGGAUGCCGAGGCCCGGCGCAGCCGCGCACUGCGGAGGGCGGCGGAGGAGCGGCAACUGGCCGGCCGCCGGGAGGCGGAGGCGCUGCGGCUUCGGGCUCAGCUGGAGGAGCUGCAGCGGGAGCGCGCUCGGCUUCAGCGCCGGCUUUGGCGCCUCGAGCCCUGCGCGCGCCUGCUGGGGCAAGUACUGGAGCAGCUGCCCGAGUUCCAAGAGGUCCCCGAGCUGGUGGCGCGCUUCGACUGCCUGGCCGACACGCAGGCGGCGCUGAGGCUCACGGAGCGCCAGCGGCUCGCGGAGCUGGGGGAGGCGCGCGCGCGGCUGCAGCGGCUGCGGGACGCCUGGCAGGACGAGCUGCUGAGGCGGGGCCAGCGGCGAGCGCAGCUGCUGGAGCAACUGGAGGCGGCGCGGGAGCGCACGCUGCACUGGGAAUCCAAGUGUAUUCAGAUCCAGAACACCGCGGCUGAGAAGACCCUGCUCCUGGGACGCACCAGGAUGGCAGCACUCAACCUGUUCCAGCUAGUGUGCCAGCACCAGAGGCGGCCACCUGCCCUGGACAUCGAGGACACCGAGGGGCAUCUGGAGCAGGUGAAGCUCUUCAUCCUGGACCUCUCCACCAUGCUGGCCGGCCUCCAUCAGGCCAAGCCCUCCAUCCCCGCCUCCUAACCCUGACCCAGGUGAGCAGUGGGGGAGGGGCCCCCAGGAGGUACACAAUUCCUGCGGGGUACAGGCUGAGUGGCUCUCACCAGAAAGACGGGAGGGCUGUGCCCGCUCAGAUUGCAGUGGGGUGGGCAUGAGGGGCACACAGCAAAUACUAAAUAAAUGUGGGCUACAUAGGGGGCAUC